GUUAUCCAAUGAGCACUUGUCCGACCUAACCUUUGCAAUGUGUUGUGACGGUUCGAUGUGUCGACACUUCGAGUUGUACGUCGGGAAAAAUACGAGUGUUUAAAGUGUCCAAGAAGUCAUUACACCAGCAAGAUGUCCGGGUAUGCAGGCCAGGACAAUUACUGGGCACAACCGCCGCAGGGUCAGUCGUCCCAGAGUCAAUAUUUCUUUGAGUCGUCCGGUUUCGAACAACCUAACCAACAGUUCGACUUUCAGCCGUACGGCGACCAGCCGUAUGGUGAUUAUUCAAGUCCACAGAAGGGUUUUCUAGAUCCUACGCAAAGUCCAUACAGCAGCGACAUGUUCGUACAGGAUGACUAUGGAAAAGGUACCACUGGUUUCGGUGAGGAAGAGGAUGAGCCACCUUUGUUGGAAGAGCUGGGCAUUGAUCCCGACAGGAUAAUGCAAAAGACUCUGGCCGUGUUAAAUCCAUUCCAUAGGAGGGGCCAGAUCGACGACGCGAAUUAUUUGCUGCAGGACUCAGAUCUCGCAGGGCCGGUGGCGUUCUGCCUGGUGCUCGCCGCGUUUCUCUUAUUGGCCGGCUCAAAGGCGCACUUUGGCUAUGUGUACGGCCUGGCUUUGACUUCCUGCGUACUCAUGUAUAUUUUGCAGUCGUUGAUGAGCACCAACAGUAACGUCACUCUGUCGUCCGUCGCAUCCGUGCUGGGUUACUGCCUCUUGCCGGUCGUCGUGUUGGCCGGCUUCAGCGUUUUCGCCACGUUGCGCGGCCCGAUCGGGUUGAUCUUCGCGAUCCUGGCCGUCGCUUGGGCAGCUCUGUCCGCCUCCAGGCUAUUUUCCACUAUGUCUGGAGAGCAAGAUCAACAACUACUCAUAGCGUAUCCGUGUCUGCUCCUUUACGGCGUGUUUACGUUGAUAAUUAUAUUUUAAGGGAGAAGACACCAAAUUGAACGUAUAGGAUGCUGUUUUAAUUUCUCGGAUCCACAUAGGAGGCAUGUUUCUCCAAUAGACAAGUUGGUACUAAUUCGAUUAUUAUAGAUUACGAAUUACUUUAACAUUAUCUGUCUGGGAAGAUUCACAUGAUUCGAAUUUGUGGAUAAUAAAUCUGUAUUGUGCAUUAUUGUAUUACGUUAAUGUGACGUGAAUUGUACUAUUCAGAGGUUGGAUAGAGAUACAUAGUUAAUUAAUUCUCUCAUAUCUCUCAAACAAUCCUCGGGACAAUUUCGGUGAGCAUAUUUUCAGAAAGAUAUGCUUAUUUUUAAGAGAGGCAGAAGCAAGCGCUUGCUCGAAGUACGAUUGGUGCAAGCAUUAAAUUAAGUUAUUUGCUACACAUUUCCAAAUAAACUGUAUGAUACCAGUA